AUGCGCGACUUUUCCAGUCUGUUCGGUGGUCAGUAUCAGACGAUUUUCGGCGGCGGGCCAAGCUGUGGCACCGGAAGCUUCGGGGGAAGCAGCGGAAGCAGCAGCGAUGGCUGCUCGGCCGGAAGCUCCGGAACACCGCAGCGCAGACGGUCCGAGAGCCUCGGGCCAUUUCGGCGCCGACUGCGGAGCGAGUUUUCCGUGCUCGACUACUUCUUCCACCAACCGAAGCAUGGCCGCCAUACGCGCUACCCAACUCGAACAUUUAUGCUUAUGGCCGCUGGCUUCAUGUUCAUCAUUUGCGGCGCACUGGUUCACAUUCUGGAUCCUUAUUUGCUUAUUUUUAAAUGGAAAUUAAUCUUCCAAGAGGGCUCGGAGAUAUUUAACCUUUGGCGCACACCGCCGGUGGAUCUCUACAUCAAGAUCUACCUCUUCAACGUGACCAACGCGGAAGACUUCCUGGCCGGUCGGGCCGAGAAGAUGCAGAUCGAGGAGGUGGGACCGUACGUGUACCGCGAGUUGAUGUCACACGACAACAUCACGUUCAACGAGAAUGGAACGCUGUCAACGCGCCCUCAUCAUCCGUUGAUCUUUCAGAAAGGCCUUUCGGGAAACCUGCGGGAGGACGACGUGUUCAUGAUGCCAAAUAUUGCGCUGCUGAGCAUAGCGCAAGUGGCCUCAAAACAGGGAUACUUAAUGCGGUGGCCCAUCAACUUGCUCAUACGACAGACCAGCAUCCAACCGCUCGAACGGCAGACGGCACGGGAGUUCAUGUACGGCUACCCGACCACACUGACCACGCUCGGUUACACGUUCCUUCCCAACUGGAUCUCGUUCGAUAAAGUGGGCCUCAUCGAUCGGAUGUACGACUUUGACGAUGACUUCGAGACCUUCUACACCGGCGAAAACGGGGCCAGCAUGUCCGGUUUGUACGACACCUACCUCGGCUCGCCGGAUCUAGCCCAGUGGAACGGCAAACACUGCAGCAACAUCCGGAACGCGUCCGAUGGCACGAAGUUCAAGAGCUUCGUAGAACCGGACGAUCAGCUGCUGUUCUUCCGGAAAAGCAUGUGCCGAGCACAAAUCCUUAUCCAAAACGGCACCGACCACGACGUGGAUGGUCUGAAGGCAACCAAAUUUGUCUUCGAAGAAAAUGCCCUCGACAACGGAGAGUUUGAUCCACGAAACAAAUGUUACUGUCGGGAGGGUAAGUGCUUGCCACGUGGUCUGAUCGAUGUGACGAGCUGCUACUACGGGUUUCCGAUUGCCCUUAGCUAUCCACACUUUCUGGACGCCGAUCCAAAGGUGCUUACGCACGUGAACGGUUCCCAACCGGACCCCAAGCUGCAUCGAAGCCAUUUCAUGAUAAAUCCCGUGUCCGGGCUUCCACUGCAGCUGUCGGUCAAGUUUCAGAUCAACAUGGUGCUAGGCGAUCUGAGCAGUAUGGCCCACUGCGAGAAGUUCUCCAACCUCGUCGUGCCGACGCUCUGGUUCGAAAUUACGAUGCCAGGACUGCCGAAGUCAUUGCUGACGAGGUUCAUCUUUUACCUGAAGAUACUGCCCUUCGGCGACCAGGUCGUGAAGCACAGCCUGCUCGCGUUCGGCGGCAUUUUGCUCCUCGUUGCCAUCACGAAGGUAUCCAUGACGCUCUCCUCGGCGUACUCGUCGGCGUACCGCAUUUCAAACGAGCUGCGCGAAAGCUUAUGGUAG